UGCACGGGCGCCAGACCUUUGCUUGCUGCUUGUUGACAGGCGUGGAGAGCGCUGAAGUUUGUGUCGGUAGCUGAUCGGAGUUGGAAGAAGUGGCUGCGGUUGGGCAGGAAUUACCCAUUUAAAAGGAAUUUGACACUCAAUUUAGACGCGUAUUCAGCCUUUCUAGAUGUUUUCAAAAAAGUGGAGAUAUAGUUCAUAUACUAUUACAUUCAUACUUUAAAAAAAAAUUUUCUCUUCUUUUUACUUUUUGUGAGGAAGAUCAGCCCUGAGCUAACAACUGAUGCCAAUCCUCCUCUUUUUUUUGGCCGAGGAAGCUUGGCCCUGAGCUAACAUCCUGCCCAUCAUCCUCUACUUUAUAUGCGACGCUGCUGCCACAACAUGGUCUGACAAGCGGUGCCUCAGUGCGCACCGGGGAUCUGAACCUGCGAACCCCAGGCCGCCAGAGAGGAGCUCGCCCACUUAAGCGUUUGUGUGGUGGGGCCGGCCCCUAAUUCAUACUUUUAAAGUGAACAAUUCAGUGGUUUUUAGUAUAUUCACAAGGUUGUGCAACCAUCACCAUUGUCUAAUUCCAGAACAUUUUUGUCACCCCAAAAAGAAACCCCCAACUCAUUAGCAGAUACUUCUCGUUUCCCCCUAACCCCAGUCCCACUAAUCUACUUUUUGUCUCUAUGAAUUUGCCACUUCUAGAAAUUUCAUAUAAGUGGAAUCAUACAGUAUUUGUCCUUUUGUGUCUGGCUUAUUUCACUUAGCAUAAUGUUUUCAAGGUUCAUCCAUGUUGUAGCAUGUGUCAGUACUUCACUCCUUUUUAUAGCUGAAUAUUAAUAUUCCAUUGUUGGGAUAUACCACAUUGUGUUUCUCCGUUAAUUGAUGGGCAUUUGGGUUGUUUCCCCUUUUUGACUUCCUAGACCCUUUUAAGGUGUCUACUCAGAUGAAUUGGAUUACAUCAAAAUUUGAAACUUCUCAUCAAAGACAACUCUAAGAAAAUGAAUAGGCAAGCACUGACACCUAUCUGACAAAGGACUGAUAUCCAAGAGGUCAACCAGAAUCAACAUGUCUGGGACUGAGGAAGCAAUACUUGGAGGCCGUGACAGCCAUCCUUCUUCUGCUGGUGGCAACCCUGUAUUAUGCUUUGGUCAGUACCAAUACACAGCAGAAGAGUACCAGGCCAUCCAGAAUGCUCUGAGGCAGAGGCUGGGCCCGGAAUAUAUAAGUAGCCGCAUGGCCGGAGGAGGCCAAAAGGUGUGUUACAUUGAAGGUCACAGGGUAAUUAAUCUGGCGAAUGAGAUGUUUGGUUACAAUGGCUGGGCACACUCGAUCACACAGCAGAAUGUGGAUUUUGUUGACCUUAACAAUGGCAAGUUCUACGUGGGAGUCUGUGCAUUUGUGCGAGUCCAGCUGAAGGAUGGUUCAUAUCACGAAGAUGUGGGCUAUGGUGUUAGUGAGGGCCUCAAGUCCAAAGCCUUGUCUUUGGAGAAGGCAAGGAAGGAGGCAGUGACAGAUGGGCUGAAACGAGCACUGAGAAGUUUUGGGAAUGCACUUGGAAAUUGUAUUCUGGAUAAAGACUAUCUGAGGUCACUAAAAAAGCUUCCUUGCCAGUUGCCUCUUGAAGUGGAUUUAACUAAAGCAAAGAGACAAGAUUUUGAACCAUCUGUGGAACAAGCAAGAUACAGCAGCUGCCGACAGAACAUGGCUCUGGGACCCCCAAAACCACAGGAGGUGACCUCCCCUUGCAGAGCAAGCCACUCAGAUGAUCCCCAGGGGGAUAAGGACAGCAGAUCCCGAAGCCUGCCCUCCUCUGCUAUGGAGAGUGAUGCCACAUACCAGCGGAAGCUCCGGCAAAAACAGUUGCAGCAGCAGUUCCGGGAGCAAAUGGAGAAACAGCAGCAAGUUCAACCAUCUGCUCCAUCAGUUGAAAAGAAGAAUCAGGCAGCGCUGCCGAUGCCUCCUUUGAAGCACAGCACUCCCAUAACUACUGUUUCAGAACCACUCACUGAGGACUUCCUUGCAGACCAUCUUGAAAUGUGGGAUAUGGCUCCAGAUGCAGGGGACAGUGUUGUCAAGCCCUUGUCUAGACCAGAACCACCCCAGACCCCUGCCACACCAGUCCUGAAGAAUCAGAUGGUGACUUGGAACACGACCCCACAAAGCCUCUGCCACCAGAAUCCACAAGCAAAAUCUGGACCCUGGCACCUCCAAACUCACAAUGUUAACCAACACAUAACAGGAAACUGUGAUUCCUAUAGGAAGAACCAGGACAUGAAGAAAAGGAAAUUGGAUCCAUCGUAACUGAGGCUCAGGUCCCAUCAUUGGACUCUGUCACAAAGGGACUUUCGAAAACUACUUUUUGGUCGUGAAGUUGUUCAUCAUUCCUAGGGAAUGAGCUUUAUUUCCAAGGAUUUACCUUGCUUCAUUCUGAACUUUACCAGAGGAUUUGACCAUUGGGACCUACUGCAGAUAACGCUGAGCAGUGGGAAAACAAACACUUUAAAAAAGCUUGUCAUACACUGCAGUGGGGAGGAUCCAUGGAGAUUAAAUACCUUUUCUUUGGCUCUUGAGGCUCUUCACUAUUUAUUCCUAAACUACUAUGUUAAUAAAGAUAGAAAUUUUAGAAAUCACCAGUGGCUACCUGCCCUCAAGCAAUAUAAGCCAUACUACUAAGCACCAACCUGAACAACUGCCCACAUUAAAUUAUUAAGAGUCAUCUCUGCCUUCUUUCAUUUUCGGGCUCCAUGUUUUUAAUGUUGCUCACGUGAGUACUGUGUAUCAUGCUAAGAACAAAGGCUAUAGUAGUGUUUUACUAUUUUGCUAUCAGUCCAAGCUACAAUCUUCAUCUGUGAUUAUCUGUCAUUUAUAGGUUUGUCACUAUCCUGCAUUUUUUCCUAAUCAAGGAAAUAAAUGCUCUAAGACCAAAGAAAAGGCAUUUUAAGAAAACAAAAUAAACUCGUUACUUUGUUACAAAAUAGAAAAUGUAAGUAGCUUUUUAUAUUUCCUCAUUUCAGAUGUGAGAUAUAACCCACCUUAACAUAAACUGUUUUUUCAUUGUGUUCACAUGUUUCAUAAUUCUUUCUCCCAAAUAAUGAGUUUAUAAUUUUACUUUUUAAGGUGCAUUUUGGGCUGUGCCUUUUAUCUAAUCUUGAAGCAGUGGUUUUUGUUGUUUUUUGGAUCACAGACCCAUUUGUGGGAAGCUGUGAACCUGAGGUAAGAACUGUGAUUAAAGUACAGGAAGGCAGUCAACCAUUCUGUUCCUUUGGAAGAUGAAGCGGCAGUAGCUUACCCUGAUCUCCCUUUUACCUUACCUGUUGCAUAGAUUUGGUCAUAUAUUCAUCUUUUGAUUUUGAUAUCCUUACCACUUUCUUCAGAAAAAAAUAUCAUCUUCCUUGUCUGCAGCAUAAUCUUAGUUCAGGUCAGAAUUGCCACUAAAAAUAGUUCCUGGAGUUAGGAAUCCAGUUAUAAACUGCAAACAACUCAAAACCAAUCUAAUGAGAUCAUGAAAAAGGAAUUUGCUAGAAAUGAAACCCCACAGCUCAACAAAAGCAAGUUUGGUUUAUUUGAAUGGUUUCAUUAAAUAAGUCUACAAAGGUAACAAACUGAAGCACAAGCGCAAUCUUACAAGAAGCGCAACACCCAGAGUUAGUGCAAAAUGUACAAUUCACGGCUGCUGAGAAACCCCCAAGGUCUGAAUUCAGUUUAUUUGUUUUUUUAAACAGUGUACAUUGUUAAAUAAUGUAAGGAAAACAUUUAUAAUUCAGAAAGUUUUUAUAAUGUGGGAAAAGAUACUCAAAGUGUACUAUUAACACAAAAAUAAUUUAAACAGUUCAGUAGCACUAGUUCAUUCCUCUAGGCUUCAGUUAUUUCAUCCACAGGAGGGGAAAAAAAAUCGACAGUAAAUAAAGCCAGUUCUUUCUGUGUGUGAGUGAAGAAUGUCAAACCAAAAUAAAA